CUUUAUAGGGUAAAGUGAGGGAUUCUUUUUACCUUGUAGACCUUCUGCUAAAAAAAAGAAAUAUUUGAUAUCUUAUAAGAGCAUAAAGUCUAUGUUCCGCCUGACGAAGUUUGAAGCACGCAGACGAAAGAUUAGUAAGCUGUUGAAAAGGAUCAGGUUAUUCAGUGCGGGGCGUGACACGCGCAUCACCCGCACUCAGGAGCAGUAAUUAGACAAAGGGACACAAGAACUCCAUUCUACCGGCGCAGCGGCGAAUACCAGCAGCGCAAAAGGUCACGAUGCGUUUCUACGUGACAAUUGCGUUCUGUCUGGUGGUCGCGCUUUUGGGCGCCGAGACUGAGGCGAAAAAACGGAGCAAAAAGAAGAGCCAACUAGUUGCCUCGGCUGAGUCUAACUCUCUAAGGAGAUUGAAACGUCAGAGGGGCGAUGAACCAUCACCACCAUCAGAUUGCCCAGAUCAAUGCCCCGCAGGUCCAGCGGGCGAACCAGGAAUUCCUGGAUUCGAUGGAUUAGACGGGGAUCAGGGACCUGCAGGGGAACCCGGACCCAAAGGAGAACCAGGUCUUCCUGGAUUUGAUGGACUGGACGGCCAAGAUGGACUAAUUGGUAUACCAGGUGAAUCAGGACUUAGGGGAUUUCCAGGACCCGAAGGACCGCCUGGAAGGAAUGGUGCAGAUGGACAGAAAGGUGAACAAGGUGCAAUUGGAUUCCCAGGCAACGGCUCAGUAGGACCCCAGGGGCCAAAGGGCAAUGAAGGAGGACCCGGAACUAGAGGUGCACCUGGAAGAAAGGGUUCACAAGGAGAGAGAGGUCUGCCUGGUAUACCUGGGGGUGGCGAUGGCGGAUCCGGCGCUUAUCCGGUUCCUGGACCGCCUGGACCACCAGGACCUCCCGGAUUUUCCGGAAUUAAGGGACACAAAGGAUAUCGUGGACACAUGGGACCUGAUGGUAAACAGGGACCAAAGGGUGAACCAGGACCCGAAGGAGUUCAAGGUCCUCAAGGACCAGGAGGAGAAACGGGACCGAGAGGACCUCGUGGAUAUAUUGGCGAAGAUGGAAAGAAGGGAGAUGAGGGUGCUUCUGGACCACCAGGAGAGCGAGGCGCGAAUGGAGCACAGGGAGAACAGGGUGAAAUGGGACCUGCUGGAGUGCCAGGCGAAACCGGAGCCAGAGGGGUGCCUGGGCAACCAGGACCUAAAGGAAACCCUGGGCAGACUGGACCAAAGGGAGAAGAGGGUUCAACCGGUUUGAACGGCCAAGACGGAAUUCCAGGAACACCAGGCGAACGCGGAUCUCCAGGAGCUGCUGGCAAGAAAGGAGAAGAGGGAAGACCAGGAAUCCCGGGAUCGAAAGGAGGCGAAGGAGCUGCUGGACCCGCUGGAGUUCCGGGUGAAAGAGGAUCACCAGGUCAAACUGGAGGAGAUGGCAAGAAAGGCGAACCGGGACCUGAAGGACCCCAAGGUAUCGAUGGCGCACCAGGCGAUCGUGGAUCACCGGGUGAAGUAGGACCAGAAGGACCCCCAGGACCAAUUGGAGGCAGAGGCCCACCAGGAGAACCAGGCGAUCAAGGAAUUCAAGGUAAACCUGGUGAACGAGGAUUCCCGGGAAUCAAAGGACACAAGGGAGCUUCAGGACCAGGUGGACCAAAGGGAGAACCGGGCGAGGAUGGUGUCGAAGGACCAAUUGGACCAUUAGGACCAAAAGGUGAAAGUGGAGUACCUGGAGAAAGAGGACCGCCCGGAACACCUGGAGAACAUGGUCAACGUGGACCCACUGGGCCAAUUGGUCCCGGAGGUCCAGAAGGUCCCCGAGGAACUCUUGGAGAGCGUGGAUACACAGGAGAACGUGGACCACGCGGAAGACCAGGAUCACAAGGCCCCCCUGGAAGACCUCCAAGCGAAGAUGUAAUAAGAGAAAUGAUCAGAAGACAAUUGAGCGGCGUGGUUAGUCAACUGACCGCCCAGAUGAGACCUCGUGGCAUAGUCAGAAACGGCGAACCCGGGCGACCUGGACAACCGGGAACACCUGGUAUCCAAGGAGAACAGGGUAUACCAGGUAUUGAAGGAAAGACUGGAAUGCCGGGUGAAAGAGGACCACCAGGUCCUGAAGGAUCCAGAGGUCUUAAAGGAAGUCUUGGAGACAAGGGAGAGAGAGGAUCCGUUGGCGUCGGACUUCCUGGACCACCAGGUCCAACGGGAGCUGAAGGCCGACAAGGAGAACCAGGGUUUGGCAAAGACGGUCGUGACGGUGCACGUGGUGAAACCGGCUUGCCUGGUCCUCCGGGUUAUCCAGGAUCACAAGGUGUAAUGGGUCCGCCAGGAUACUGCGACCCUUCAACAUGCCUUGGGGGAAGAAGACCAUCACAAGUAGUUGACACAAAAGGACCUAAAGGCCCCGACAAUGGAGAAGACAUUGGGCCACCAGCAGAUAAUAACGCUCUAGGUCGUGAUGAAAGUUCUCUCCCGCCUUUGGAUGCAAUAAAUUUUUAACAAUACCCAACUCGAAAACAGAAAAAAGAAUUUUUCCUGACGGACUCGGGCAAUAAUCGCAAAGUAUGAGAGGACUAGCUAACUUCAAAGUAUAUAGAUGAAACGAGUUGUUUCGUCAGAAGGAAGAAAACAUUAUAAACUACUGUCUUUGGCAGCCAAGCUGCUGUUCGAUUUUGUAAGACCUGACAAAGCUUGUUAUAUUUGCUAUCACUGUCAUCGUCGUCAUAAUAUGUUGUAUUUACGCUUAUCUAUAUAUUGUCAUCGUCAUCGUCGUCAUCUUUCAAGUCAUUUUGUUUUUCAUUUUUUUUUUACUUUUUUAUAUUUUUCAUUUGCCAUAUUCUGCCAAGUAUACCCCAAUUACGCUUAAUAAAGUAUACAAAAUUUCA